GGUUCGCCUUUGAUCGCUAUUUGCUGUGUGAUUUUAUUGGGAGAAUGUCGAAGCCAACGCUGUAUUACGCCCUUUUUAGCCCUCCGGCCAGAGCUUGCAUCCUAAUAGCCAAGUUAAUUGGACUGGACCUAGACCUCAAACUCGUAGAUUUUUCCAAAAAGGAACACCUAAGCGAAGAGUUUAUUAAGCUGAACCCCCAGCAUCAAAUUCCUGUGCUGGUUGACAGCGAUGGCGAGGUUUACGUGGACAGUCAUGCCAUCAUAUGCUUCCUGGUGGCCAAGUACGCCGUAAAUGACAAGCUCUAUCCGCAGGAGUUGAAAAGACGGGCUCACAUCGACCAUCGCUUGCACUACGAGAACGGAGUACUUUUUCAGGUGAUCAAGGACAUUGUGGCGCGGAACAUUUACGGCGGAGAGGGAGAGUUCAAUCCCCGAUCUCUGACCCUUUGCCACAACGCAUACGCUGACUUAGAGCACUUUCUGCAGAAUGGAACUUUUGUGGUAGGAAAUGAACUAAGUGUGGCCGAUGUUUCUAUCCACACCACACUGGUGACCUUGGAUUUGCUCAUACCAGUGGAGCAGAAAAAGUAUCCGCAGAUUACCACCUGGAUGGAUCGCAUGGGAAAACUGCUGCCAGAUAACGAAGAUAUCAAUCUCAGCGGAGCACGGGCUCUGCAGACUCGCAUCCUUAAUUGCAUGGCCGAAAACAAAGCCAAGAAUCAAUAGAUCCCUGUUUUUAUCGGCGCGAAAUGCUUGCAGAGAAUCCGUUUUGUGUACUUUUGAGAGCCUUUUACCCUUUUUGCUUUAAAAAAUAAUAUCAUA